AUGUCCACACGCACCCUCCGCAAGCAUUCUCCUGCCGCGCCCUCGCCUUCCUCCGAGCGCCGCAGAGCCCUUUUCUCGCCCGGGCAUCGAAGGCUGGGGCUUCAGCCAUCAGGAGUCUUCGGAAAGUCAUCGGAGUCAUCUUCGGACGGAUCCAAGAUUUCGACGAUAUAUCCUGGUGGCAGCCCAGGUCAGUGCCGGUCCCAAGCCCGGGUGAGUAGAAAGUGCUGGCGUCAGGAAGGGCAUCCGGCCAUAAAAUAUCGACCCAUACGAGAAUGGAACAAAGCAGCAGCAGAAGGAGCAGGCAGAGCGAGCGCCGCAAGGGCCCAGCUCUCCAAGGGCCUCCUGGAGCCCGCUGGCCUUGCUUAUGUCCCGCGCGGGCAUCCGCAAACUCCACCAGGCCCUGUGGCGCUGAGAGAGGAGGAGCUCCUGAAGGUGGCGUUGCGCCUGUACCGCCGCGUGGAGGAGGUCCACGGCAAGGGCGUCGUACACAACGACCUCAAGGACAACAACAUCAUGGCCGGCGCCAACCUCGAGGUCCACAUCAUCGACUUCGGCCUCGCUUCGCUCGAGCACGCGGCCGCCGAGCGCGACGUCCCGGGCGGCUGCGCGGACUGGCCCGCCCCGGAGGUGCGCAGGAGGGGCGGUCGCAGCACCUUCGCGCCGCGGCCACGUCCUCAGCCAGAUCCAUGA